AUGGUUGCACCGUUUGCGUCGCUCGAAGUGGCUGCGGCGAUACUGCAGGCUCUGUACGCCGCCCCGCCAGUCCGCGCCGCGUUCCUAGCGAGUCGACCCGUCGACACGCGUGGCUCAGACCUGUCGAACUACUGGAAAGGAUCUCCGCCCACCGACUCCGCUUCCUCCUCCGACUCGAUCGCGCAGACCGCACUCGACGCUCACAUCGACCUCACGCGGCGCAUCCAGACGCUCUUCGCAUUCGCCACGCUCACCGAACGCCCGCUGUGCGUCGUCAAGGACGUUACUGCGAUGACGCCGAGCGAAGUCGUUGCUCGGGGUUCGGAUCACACUGCACCGUGCAAAGUCGCCAGCCUGUAUUACGAAUUUCUCGUAGAGUCGUUGGGUAAGCACGUCGCGGCGUACUCGGAGAUGAUCCUUUCCACGCCCACCACCGAGCCGGAGGCGACGGAUGCGCUGUGGAUGACCGACGCGUUGUUCCUUUCUUCUGGCGCAGCAGCGGUGAGUUCUCCGGUGGAAGAACCGCCGAAGAUGGAACAAAGGAGAUCGGUUAUCCAGCUGAGACACGAUUCGGUGAAUUCGGAUGUGUACUCUUGUCUGCGCACCGCAUUGGCCUCCGAUGGAGAAGGGGCGCUGUUGACCAACCCGGCAAAUGUCAUCGGUAUGUUGGUAGAUCAUGCCAAUGUGUCAUCGACCGAGUCAGCGUUCACGAUACAGGAGAGGAUUCAUUUGGAUUCGCUCAUGUGGGAUCGACGACAGGGCGUGAGGUUGGAUUCCGAGUUGAAGGAUUUGGAGAUGGUGAGGUUGGAGAUGAUGCGCAGCGAAUUGGAAACGAGGAAGCGCAAGUUGAUGGGGGAUGGGGGCAGGGCGGUGGGGGAAGUGCUGGGUGGUGCGAGGAGGUAUUUCGAUCAAGUGGCUGCAGGGUCGGGGGAAGGAGAUGAGGUCCGAUCCGCGUCGUUGAAGGAGGCAGCACCACAGAUCGACAAGAUCGUCGCUGCAGUCGAUGCGGAUCUCGUAGCAACGGACGAGUUGAUCGCAAAGGUCCAGGGGAGGAUAGAUGCGAAACGCGCAACGGUCAGGGAGAGAGCGAAACGGGAAGCUGAGAAUCCGGAGUGGAAUCAGCUGGCGUACGAUCUGUGCGCGGUGCUCGUGCACGAGGCAGGUCGUAUAGUGACCAUGGUCAAGCACGGCGAAGCCUGGUGGAAGGUGAGUGGAGGGAGGGUGGUGAGAGUGGAGAAGGAGGAGGUGAGGAUGGGCAGGAAAGAGGAUCCUUGUUUGGGGGUGUUUUGGUUGAUCUAUGCGAAAGCGGCAGGGGAGGGAGAGGGUGGAGCGGAAGGAUUGAUCGGGGAGGGAAUGAAGGCAGCGGUGGCAGACGAUAAUCUGACGUACGAGAGCGAGCUGUUGUCUUUGAUCAGGUCAGAUGCUGCCAGCGUUGGAUCGAUGGAUGGCGAUGCAGGAGGAGAGGCAGGAGAGCGUGCAGCGGCGGAUGUGAAUAUGGUGAUUGCGGGUGAGGAGGGCAAGUCUCCGAAGACGGGUUAA